UAAAAAAAAGGAAAAAUCAAAGAAAGAAAUCAAGUCAAGAAAUAAAAAAACGGGAAAACCAAAGAAAGAAAUCAAGAACAGAUUUUAACCAGUGAGAGUGCAUUUAUUUGUUUAUUUUUCUUAAGUUGGAGGGAAAUGACAGACGGGUUGGUGGUUUGUCAUUAACCACAUCAGCUGCAGUUUUUUCCGCACCAACAAACAGAUUUUGGUUUGUGUUGUUUCCUUUGAGUCCCACAGCGGAUCGCUGAUUUCUAUAAUAAAUAAUGUUUUUGUUCGUUUCUAUUGAUCUAAGGCAGAUGUGAAUGUUUUUAUGUUGUUUUGAUGACCUAAAAAAAGACAGAGGACCACUGAGCUGCGACUCCGGUCCUGCAGGGUUUAAUUCUUUCGGCUGCCUCCACCGACGCCGCCCCGGUUCUGUCGCCUCGGCCUCUCAUCCGGCUCAGGCAGAGCGGUGCUGAAAGAUCGGGGCUGACUCAGACCUCUCCUCGCUUCUUUUUCCUCCGGUUUCAGCUGCAGCAUCGAUCCUGAAUCGGGUCACCAGCUGCUGCUCCACUUUCCAGCUCGUUAAAGCAUGGCUCUCACGCGAUUGGUUGCCAGAGUUGGGUGCAGAGCAGAUUAUCCCGUUGCCAUGGCUACAGCAAACAGGAAAUGCCUGGGGCAGGUAGAGCCGCAGGCUCGCCCCAGUCUGUCGGUUCUCGCAGGCAGACAGGGAAACUUUUUUUUAAAAAUUUUUCUCUGCAGCAUCGUCUCCCCAUCUGCUCCUCUUUACAGGGGCUGCAAAGGCUCCUGGAUAAAAAGGUGCUUUGUCCCAAACAAUCCCUGAAAUCCAAGGUCGACACCGGACUCCCUCCUGGGUUUAAUGCCCAAAAUACCUUCUCAACAAAAACAUCAAUUUUCUCAAACUUUAACCGCCAAGUAGCAGCAGAUGCUCUUUUCUUUUCAGCCUCAGUGGGACUCUCCUCCUUUUCUCCGCUGGUUCCUCUUCAUUGCUCUUGCCUAACUGUGAGAAAUGGCCGCCCAAACGUCCCUCAGCUCCUCCUAAUCUCCUCGGCGAAAGUGCUUUGUCGACUCCCUUUGACGGCUAUUGAGAACGCCGGCCUUUAACCAGCCUGAGCGCAGUUUUGUCUGCAGCUCUUAAACCCAAGACUUGAGGGGGCCCAUGCAGCCCGGGAAAGGGGGAAUCCAAUUUUUUGGUCCACAUUCCCCCCUCGCGCACCCCCAUCCCCCCUGCUGUAAUCGUGUUGGCGAGGGCAGGUUCUGGCCGGCUGCCGGGGUGAAGGCGUUGCUACGGGAAACAGCAGGUUACUGACGGGAUUUUAUUCCUCCUGCCGCCUCCCAUCAGAGUUCAAUGAUCAACCGGAGGCUCCAUCUGUUUUUACGCUCCUCGUCAUCCCGCCUGUGAUUCCUCAAUGGAGCGCAAGAUCUUCAAGGUUCAGUGGAAUUAGGGAUUCCAGGACUCUGCUGCAGAAGUGGAGCUUUAAGGCGUCCUGGCAUGCCGUCUGGAGCAAGAAUGCCCCACCAGGGUGCUCCCAUGGGCCCCCCAGGUCCCCCGUACGGAGGGAGCCCUGCCGUGCGACCCGGCCUGCCCUCCCCGGUGAUGGAGCCCAGUCGCAAGAGGCCCGCCCCCUCCCAGCAGGUCCAGCAGCAGCAGCAGCAACAGCAGCAGCAGCAGCAGGCCGUCCAGAACCGAGCCAGAAAGAAGCCGGUGGGAUUCCCCGGAGCCAGUGAGAUGCCAGCGAGGCAGAUGGACAUGCGAGAGCCCCAAUCAGAUCCCACGCUCGGAUCCAAUGCUAAGAGAAGGAAAAUGGCAGACAAGAUUCUUCCGCAAAGGAUCCGUGAGCUGGUCCCGGAGUCCCAGGCCUACAUGGAUCUGCUGGCUUUCGAGCGCAAACUGGAUCAGACCAUCAUGCGCAAGCGCGUGGACAUCCAGGAGGCCCUGAAGAGACCCAUGAAGCAGCAAAAACGAAAACUGAGACUUUACAUCUCCAACACCUUCAACCCGGCCCGGCCGGACGCCGACGACUCGGACGGCAGCAUUGCAUCGUGGGAGCUGCGGGUUGAAGGGAAGCUGCUGGAUGAUCCGGGGAAACAGAAGAAGAAGUUCUCCUCCUUCUUCAAGAGCCUGGUGAUUGAGCUGGACAAAGACCUGUACGGUCCUGACAACCACCUGGUGGAGUGGCACCGCACGCCCACCACCCAGGAGACGGACGGCUUCCAGGUGAAGCGGCCGGGCGACGUGAGCGUGCGCUGCACGCUGCUGCUGAUGCUGGACUACCAGCCCCCCCAGUUUAAGCUGGACCCUCGCCUGGCUCGCCUGCUGGGCAUUCACACGCAGACCCGCUCCUGCAUCAUCCAGGCGCUCUGGCAGUACGUGAAGACCAACAAGCUGCAGGACUCCCACGAUAAGGAGUACAUCAACUGUGACAAGUACUUCCAGCAGAAAUCUGGGAUGCUGCAUCCUCUACAGAGAAGAGACCACCCAGCCGGUUAUCAGCCUGUGAUUCAAACUCUUGAAGGACACAAGCUCCUCGCACAAAGAUUAGAUCAGAUUUUCGACUGCCCUCGACUGAAGUUCUCCGAGAUUCCCCAGCGCCUCACCAACCUCCUGCUGCCCCCCGACCCCAUCGUCAUCAACCACGUCAUCAGCGUGGAUCCAAACGACCAGAAAAAAACGGCGUGCUACGACAUCGACGUGGAGGUGGAAGACCCCCUGAAGAGCCAGAUGAGCAGCUUUCUGCUCUCCACCGCCAACCAGCAGGAAAUCGCCUCGCUGGACAAUAAGAUCCAUGAAACCAUCGAGUCCAUCAACCAGCUGAAGAUCCAGAGAGACUUCAUGCUCAGCUUCUCCAGAGAUCCCAAGGGCUACAUCCAGGACUGGUUGAAAUCCCAGAGCAGAGACUUAAAGUUAAUGACAGACGUGGUUGGAAACCCCGAGGAGGAGAGGAGAGCGGCUUUUUACCAUGAACCCUGGUCCCAGGAGGCCGUCAGUCGCUAUUUCUACUGCAAGAUCCAGCAGAGGAGGCAGGAGCUGGAGCAGGCUUUGGCGGUUCGCAACACCUAAGCCGAGGCCCGUCUGGAUUUCUGCGUCUGACCUCCAUCCGUUGUGUGUUUUCAGUGUGUGUGUGUAUGUGUGAGUUCCUCACAGGUGGAAGAACCAAAUUGAAAAAGCAUCGAUCAUUCGGGUUCUCGCCACGUCAAAUCAGCACUAAAGGGAGAAUUUGUAUCCCACGAAUGGUGGAGCUACAGAAGUGAGACGCACGCCUGAAGCAGGAUUUGAACUGCUCCCUUUAAAAGACUUGUUUUUUGCCAAUCUGCUGGACUCUGACAUGUUUCUGCAGCUUCUUCUUGUUAGUCCUUUUUCCUUUAAAAUGUCCCACCAGCAAAGCUGAGAUUACCGUGUGGCAGAGGAUCGGAUCCGUCCAGAAACCUCGUGAUUCCGUGUGCUGAACACGUCCCGUUAUCAGCCGGUUCUGCUGAUGGCAGCGCUUCAACCAAGGAGAAACCAGGAUCACGGCUUUUUGCCUUUUAUUGGCGUCUGGAACGGAUGAAUCGCUCGCUGCCUUUUUCUGCGUUUUGCAAGUUGAUGCUCUGAAGGUGUUUUACCAAAGUUUGCAAUAUAUGAAGAAGAAGAAGACGGAGUUGGCAGACGUACAAAUCUAGGCUUAAAAAGGUCCAACUUUGAAAGUUUACAUUUGUAGGAUCUUGUCAAAUUCUCCGCUUUGCUGUUCUGUUCCUCCUGCCUAGAGAUGUGAAUGUAAAUACGUUUUCGUUGGGCCAGUCGUAACAGACUGCGUUUCUUCCUUUUGUCCGGGGUCGUACGCUCCCCGCCAGUUCUGAAUUACCGCCUCGGCUUUGGGGGGGGGCCGGGUCAUUUUGGCUCCAUCCCACGUCCGUCUUGGGAGCUGCAACGUCAAAGAUCCCCUCACUCUGUAGCUGUAACACAGAAUCCGCAGCGUUCUGACGGCACUCGUAUGUAUAUGUUGUCGGAUCCGGUUCCUUUGUCGUCCGUUUCAGCAGUUUUUUUUGGAUGGAAGCCUCGCGGGGGGUUUCUUUGCACUGUGCUGUAACUCUUCGUCGGGACUCGUCGCCCCUUCUUCUUCAUCCUCCCAAGGGAUUUCACGAAGACCUAUGCAUGCUCCACGGAAGCUGGUGUAGAUAUAAGAAGCCGGCAUAGCAGCGUGUGACGGGCGCAUGGCUCGGCUCAGUUGUGGAAAUUGCCUUCUGGAAACUUUUUUUUGCCAAAAAUGGACAUACUCUCUACCAGCAACUAACUGUAGGUGUGAGUUUCUUUUUCUAGAGGUGUGUUUUGUUAGAACUAAGUUAUAUCCACUGCACUCGGUAGAGAAGAAAAUGUAGUCAUAGGUAGUGUUUUAGUCCUGUGUCUGACUUGGGGUAAUUUUUGUUUUUUUGUUUGUUUUCCAUGUACGACCAGGGCAUUCAUAUUGUUGCCACUGAAUCACUAGCACCCUCUUGUGGAGGAAGCUUUGAGAAGCUCAUCAUCACCUUCAGUACUACUGUCUUCUGUUGGGAAGUGGUUGGUCUCCACCCCUGCAUGUCAUUUGGAAGAGUUCUUCCUCUGUUUACACUGAGGGUCAGUGGCGAGAGGAUUAUCGUCAACAUGCUGUACUUCUGCGAGGGUUUGAUCAUUUCCCUCUACACGCUAGAAAAGAAGGGAAAUCCGCUGUGACAUCCAGAGACAGCCCGGAUGUAAAUAAAGAAGCGCUUGCCAAAGUUUGUAAAUGUCA